AUGGAGCCGACACCCAGACAUUCAUGCUUGAAGCUUCAAAUUCCUAACCAAUCGGAAUCCAUCUUCAUCAAGGCCACCUGGUUUCCUUCCCAUUUCCACCUCUCUAUCACCGACGGCCUCCACACCUGGCUCUGUAAUGCAUCGGAAGACGAGGUCCGAGAGCGAGCCACCCAGUGGGAUCAACCCGUUUCUGAUUACAUCGCCUUGGCUGAACGGUUCCUAGGGUUUCAGCAGCCUGGUUCGGUUUACGGGUUCUCCGACGCGGGUGACGGCCACAGAAGAUUGUCAUGGACAUUUGAGAAGGAAUGGACUAAGCUAGAAUGGCGGUGGAAAUGUGGACCCUUCAUAGGAGCUACUCUAGUUACCCUGUAG